AUGGGUCUUGUAGGAACCAUUUCUCCUGAAAUCGGAAAUCUUUCUUUUCUCGUUUCUCUAGAUGUGAGCGAGAACUCUUUUCAUGGUCCUAUUCCUACAUCUGUAUUCAACAUGUCGAGUUUAGAAGUUUUGAAUUUGAGGAAUAAUAGUUUGUCUAGUAGUGUACCGAUUGAUAUGUGCAAACACAAUCUGCAUAGACUCGAGAGACUUCGUAUUUCUUACAACGAGUUGUAUGGGGAAAUACAAUCGAGUUUGGGGCAGUGUUCAAAUCUUGAGUAUCUUUCUUUGUACAACAACAGUUUCAGAGGACACAUGCCAACACAAAUUGGGAACCUGACAUUGCUUCAACAACUGUACUUGGGUUCCAACAAUUUAAGUGGCAAUAUUCCAAAAGAGAUUGGUGUUCUUACUAAUUUACAAACGUUGGACCUUAGUAACAACCACUUUAAUGGACAAGUGCCAGCACAAAUUGGGAACUUGACAUUGCUUCAAGAACUAUACUUAAUUACCAACAAUUUAACUGGUAAUAUUCCAAAGGAUAUCGGAAAGUUGACAGUGCUUCAAUUGUUAACCAUCAGUCAAAACAAGUUCAAUGGUUCUAUACCAAAGGAAAUCGGGAACAUGACAUCCUUAUUAUACUUAGCGCUUGACAAAAAUGCUACAGGAUAG